AUUAUGUUACUGUUGGUAGCACUGACCGUUUGAUUUGACGCCUUGACGCUAGAGGUUGGCCAAUCGCUAGUCCUAUUAAUUUCUUUUCCCAUCCGUAGCCGAUUGGUGUCGUGCUAUCCAAAUGGGUAAACCCCGAGGAAUACGAACGGCGCGUAAGCACGUGAACCACCGUCGUGAACAGCGAUGGGCGGACAAAGAAUUCAAGAAAGCCCACAUGGGUACGAAAUGGAAGGCUAACCCUUUCGGUGGUGCAUCUCACGCAAAGGGCAUCGUCCUCGAGAAAGUUGGUGUAGAAGCUAAGCAGCCCAACUCUGCCAUCCGCAAAUGCGUCCGUGUACAGCUCAUUAAGAACGGAAAGAAAGUGACCGCAUUCGUCCCCCGUGACGGUUGCCUAAACCACAUCGAAGAAAACGACGAAGUACUAGUGGCGGGAUUCGGUCGUAAAGGUCACGCCGUCGGUGACAUUCCCGGAGUUCGUUUUAAGGUGGUAAAAGUAGCCAACGUGUCUCUCCUCGCUCUCUACAAAGAGAAAAAGGAGCGACCAAGAUCAUAGGUGUACAUUGUGAUAAGUGACCUGCUGUCGGGAAGCGCGUUGUUUAUAAGUUCAUAAAAUGUAAAAUCCUAGUACAUAAUAAAUAUUGUGUACAGCA